UUUUUUUUUUUCAUUUCCCGUUUCCCCACGGCGGCGGCGGCAGCAGUUCGUUUAGAGUUCACUGCGCCGUAUUUAGAGGGAUUAUGUCAAAUACGACGAGGUCAGGGAUGUUUGCGCUGUUAGCCUACAUAGAAAAUAAGAAUCAGGACUCAUGACAUAUUGUAGUUUUACGAGUAUGUGAAAAAAAUGAGCAGAAAUGUCUGUACAAGGUUUGUUGUUAGGUUGCUUUCACAAGCUCAGAGUCUCUGGGCCCCAUAUAUUUCAGAAAGCUAACUAGCAAAAUUAUCAGAAACAAGACUUUCAAAGCUAAAUAGCAAUCCUAUAGAGAUUAUGUAAAUUGUACAGGUCUGUUUAUUAUGCAGAAGCCAUGAAUAGGAGUCUAUAAGAAAUCCUGUGAUAAUAGAAUUAUUGUGACUUAACUCAUUUGGGUCAACUGCAACAUUGUUACAUUGUUUUCUCAUCUGUUUUUCUGUUCUGAUGGAUGCUAACACUAUAUGCUAUAAACUAUUUUUUUUUCAGUAUGCUAUAAACUGUUCCUGCUCAGAUUCAGCUUUGUCAGCUUUGUGAUAAAUUAGUAGUUGUUUAUGUGCUCAGGCUUUCAUGUUAUGACAUGCAGUGCAAUAUAAAUCAUUUGUUAUGCGAAGUUAAGGUUCACCUAAGUCUGUGUGCUGUAAACUCUCUAGUGUGUGUCCUGUUACAUAUAUAAAAUAAUUGUUUUAUUGCGCUGACGCACUUUCUCCCUGUGUCUCCCUCCGUCUGCCCUGCUCGCAUUGUCUGGACCUGACCAUGCAUUGUACAAUGACCUUCUCUUCUGGACAUGAUUGGCUACCAUGACAACAGAGGCAAGUGCAGUGAGUGAGGCGGACACUGAGGGCAAGCAGAAGGCCAGCGGCGCCGAGCCUGAACCCGAACCAGAGAGCAAACAGAAGUCAGAAGCGGCAGCGUCCCAGCCGGUGGGGGAGCAGUCGAGCAAGAAGGCCCAGGAGCAGGCCUCUGAGCCUGGGCCUGCUGACGUAGCUACUUCCCCCGAGGAGGAGCAGCUGAAGCCUCGUACCCGGACCUCUGCUGGCAAAGGCCUGUCUCGCCUCUUUUCGUCUUUCCUCAAACGCCGCUCGCAGUGCUCUGAGGGAGAGGGGUUUGAGGCAGAGAAAGCCAGAGAGGAAAAGGCAGACAAAGAGGAAAAAACUGACAAGGCAGAAGCGGAGAAGGUGGAAGAGGUGAAAAGUGAAGAGAAAGACACAAAAGCAGAGGAGGACAAAUCUGAGGUGAAAGAAGUGAAAAAGAAAGAGGAAAAAGUAGAAGAAAAAGAGGAUAAAAAGAAAGAAGAAGAAAAAGUCGAGAAAAAGGGCAGUAAAAAGAAAAAGAAAGAAGCCAAGAAGAAAGUAGAGGAGAAGGAUGAGGAGAAAGUGAAAAAGGACGAGGAGAAAAAGGAAGAGGAAAAGGUGAAAAAGAAAGAGGAGCAAAAAGAAGAGGAGAAAGCACAGCAGACUGUAGAAAAGAAGGAGGAAAAAUUGGUGACUAAAGAAGAAGAGAAGAAGGAGACUGCUGAAGUUAAAGACAAGGGGGCAGAAGCCGGAAAGAAAGAGGAGGAAAAAAUUGACAAGAAGGUGGCGAAGAAGAAAGAAAAAGAAGAAAAGAUAAAGAAGAAGGAAGAGGAAAAAGCAAAGAGGAAAGCAGAGGAAGAAGAAAGGGUAAAGAAGAGAGAAGAGGAGAAGACAAAGAAGAAAGAAGAAGAAAAAGCCAGAGAGGCGGAAAAAGCAAAGAAGAAAGAGGAGGAAAAGGCCAAGAAGAAAGAGGAGGAGAAAGCGAAAGAGGAGAAGACGAAAAAGAAAGAGGAGGAGAAACCAAAGGAGGAGUUAAAAAAGAAAGAGGAGGAGAAGGAGAAAGAAGAGGCAAAGAAGACGGAAGAGGAGGAGGAAAAGACAGAGGAAAAGCAGAAGAAAGAAGAGGAAAAAGGGAAGAAAAAAGAGAAAGGGAAGAACAAAGGAAAGAAAGGGCCAAGUGAGGAGCGGGUGAAAGCGCCGAUUGCUGCUCCGGAGCCUGAGCUUAAAACUGAACCAGACACUGAACAGGCUCCUGAUCAGCACUCAAUAAGCAGCACAGAGGCGCAGCCAGCUCCAGAGGAAAACAAGGAAGAAGCUGGCAUAAAGAAGGAGCCUGAGGUAGUGGAAGAAGCAAAGGAGGACACAGAGAAAAAGGAGGGAGAACCAGCAGAACAGGAGAAAGAAGUCAAAGAAGAGGAAAAGGCAAAGGAGGAGGGGAAGAAGGAGGGGAAGAAGGAGAAGCCUGCAAAAGAAAAGAAGACAGAGAAGAAGACCGAGGAGGCGAAAGGCUCCAAACGUCAGAAAACCAUGCAAUGCAAAGUCACCUUACUGGAUGACACUCAGUUUGAGUGUGAGCUUGAUAAACAUGCUAAAGGCCAGGAACUUUUGACAAAGGUGUGUGACCAUGUCAACCUGCUGGAGAAAGAUUACUUUGGCCUCGCUAACUGGGAAACCCCAACCAGCAAGACAUGGUUGGAGCCCGCAAAAGAGAUCCGGAAACAGGUUUCAGGUGCUGUCUAUGAGUUUACUUUCAAUGUGAAGUUCUACCCUCCUGAUCCAGCACAGCUUACUGAAGACCUCACCAGGUACUUUCUGUGUCUCCAGCUGAGGAAGGACAUUAUGCAUGGUGUUCUUCCCUGUUCCUUUGUCACACUAUCCCUGCUGGGCUCCUACACAGCCCAGUCAGAGCUUGGGGAGUAUGAUCCAGAGGUCCAUGGAACAGACUAUGUAAAGGAUCUGAACCUGGCCCCCGGGCAAAGCAAAGAGCUGGAGGACAAAGUGAUGGAGCUGCACCGAACAUACAGGUCAAUGAGUCCAGCUCAAGCAGACAUGUUGUUUCUGGAAAAUGCCAAGAAACUCGCCAUGUAUGGAGUUGAUCUGCACCAAGCCAAGGAUCUGGAUGGUGUUUACAUUACACUGGGGGUUUGCUCCAGUGCUCUGAUGGUUUACAAGGACAAGCUGAGGAUCAACCGUUUCCCUUGGCCCAAAGUGCUCAAGAUCUCUUACAAGCGCAGCAGCUUCUUUAUCAAAAUCCGGCCAUCAGAGCAAGAGCAGUAUGAAAGCACAAUAGGCUUCAAACUGCCCAACUACAAAGCCUCAAAGAAACUGUGGAAAGUUUGUGUUGAACACCACACCUUCUUCAGGGUUUCAACAGUGGAGCCCCCCUCAUCACGUCGCUUCCUCGUCUUGGGCUCGAAGUUCCGGUACAGCGGGCGUACUCAGGCCCAGACACGCCAGGCCAGUUCCAUGAUUGACCGCCCAGCCCCCCGCUUCACACGGUCUGCGAGCAAGAGGCUGUCCCGUAACCUGGAUGGAGCUGGAGAUGACACUCUCCAGUUUCUGCAACAGCUCUCAGCAUCAACCAGGUCUGAGACUGAUGACUGGUCGUUUAUGCUGGAAUCUGACAAACCUCAGCCUUCUGUUGAAUUCUCAGCCAGAGGAGAGUCUGACCAGGCUCUCAGUCAGUCCUGGGAGGAGGGGCAGUCUGUUCAGACAGUCACAGUAACCUGGCAGGACACUGAGACUGGGCAGGCUGGCUCUCAAACCGUCACCCAGACGGUCAGCCAGCCGUGGCAGGAGCUGGCAGCUGAUGAGCAGCAGCAGAGGACAAAGGAGGACGAGUGGUCUGAUCUGAUGUAUCGUCAUCCUCCUUUCCCCUUUGUCCCACCUUUUGAUUUUGUGAAAGAGCCAGUUAAGCUCAGCUUGAGCUCAUUGGAUAGGCUUUUACAACCUUUGCUGAAACAGCAAGACGAUUGGUUCCUGUACUUUGACCGAGUCUUCACCCUGCCUUCGCUUGAGAGUGUUGAAAAACCAUUUUCACCAUCACCUCUGCUCCUCCCAGUCUCUCCCCAAGCUCAGUUCCAGCUCCAAGAGGAGGAUGAGCAGGAACUGACCCGUAAGCAAGUCAUUCAGGGGCUUCAGGAAAAAGUGACCUUGGUAGACAAGCUGAUGGAGGCAAAUCUUUUAGAAAGAACACUGAGGGAAGUGAGGGAUUUGGGGGAAAGGCUCCAAGAAGUGGAUGAGCUGGCAGAGAGACUUCAAGAAGUAAUAGAGGAAGAAUUGGGGAAGGAGGAGGUAGACAAAUUAAGAGAAGAAGAAGGAGGAGGAGAUUUGGAGAGGGAAAAACAAAUACAAGUAGAAGGUAUAACAGAAAGAGUGGUGAUGAAAUAUGUGAGGAGGAUAGAGACAGAAGAGGAGGAUGAGUUGGAGGAGCAAAUAAAGCAGGUGUUUUUAAAAGGCUUGUUACCUGAAGAUGAAGAGGUUGAGGUGAGGAGUGUAGAAGUGGUGACAGAUGAGAGUCUGUUAGAUGACAGUUUGAGAGACAAGCUACGCCAGAUAGAAAAGGAAUGGCAAGAUGAGGUAGAGGAGAAGUUUGGUUCUCCUGAUGUCGUUGGCACCACCUCUGUGGUGGCAUAUCAUAAGGUAGAGAGCAGGACUAAGAGAGUGACUAUUGUAGAUGAGAGGGGGCAAGAAGAGGAGGAUAUAGAAGACAUGCAGGUACAGGCUGGUGUAACAUCAGAGGAGAGGUUAGAAAAACGAGAGACAUGGCGCGAGACAGAAUUACUGGAGGAGGGAACUGAGAGAGAGGUCACUGAGAGGCUUCAGGCUGAGGAUCAAUCUCAGGUGGAAGAUAAAGAUGUCUGGUUCAUACUUUUUGACCGCCCUCCAUACAAAGCUGUUUUCCAACCACCAGUUAUCUUGGAGGGACAAGACCAGAAGGAGGCAGAAAGUUUUGUCUCUGUGGUUGGAGCUGCAGCAGAUGAAGAGAUUAGAGAGGUGGUUGUUGAGGAGAGAAAGAUAAUAGAGGAGGCACCAAGAUAUCUUCAAGAAAUCCCACAACAACCUGUGACAGAAAGAGAUGAUGACUGGUUUGUGUUGCUGGAUAUUGUUCCCAGAGAGACAUCAUAUGUGCCACCAGUUGCUGUUGUGGAACGUGCUCAAGUGUCACCAGAAGAGCGAAUCUCCGUGAUUGAAGUAGCAACCAUUGAGCAGAGAGAAAAAAGAGUGGAGUUUGUAGUAGAGGACAGGGAGAUAAAACAAGAGCUGAUUGAAAAGCCAGUAGUAGCACCGCCACAGGCUGUGAGAGAGAUAGAAGAUGACUGGUUUGUGCUGCUGGAUGUUCCCGUUAGAGAACCAUCAUUUGUGCCACCAGUUACCAUGGCAGAGUAUGUUCAGGUUUAUCCUGAAGAAGGCGUUUCUGCUGCCGCUAAAACAAUAGCAGUGGAGUCGAGGAAGGAGGUUGUAAUUGAAGAGACUGUGAUGCAGAGAGAGGAAAAGAAGCUUCCCACACAAAUUAUUCCAGAGCUGAAAAUACCCCAGCCUGUGAGAGAAAGAGAUGACGACUGGUUUGUAUUGCUGGAUGUUAUUCCCAGAGAGACGUCAUACGUGCCUCCAGUUGCUGUUGUGGAACGUGUUCAAGUGUCACCAGAAGAACGAGUCUCUCUGAUUGAAGUAGCAACCCUUGAGCAGAGAGAGAAAAGAGUGGAGUUUGUAGUAGAGGACAGAGAAUUAAAACGAGAGCUGAUUGAAAAGCCAGUAGUAGCACCGCCACAGGCUGUGAGAGAGAUAGAAGAUGACUGGUUUGUGCUGCUGGAUGUUCCUGUUAGAGAACCAUCAUUUGUGCCACCAGUUACUGUGGCAGAGUAUGUUCAGGUUUAUCCUGAAGAAGGCGUUUCUGCUGCCGCUAAAACAAUAGCAGUGGAGUUGAGGAAGGAGGUUGUAAUUGAAGAGACUGUGAUGCAGAGAGAGGAAAAGAAGCUUCCCACGCAAAUCAUUCCAGAGCUGAAAAUACCCCAGCCUGUGAGAGAAAGAGAUGACGACUGGUUUGUGUUGCUGGAUGUUAUUCCCAGAGAGACGUCAUAUGUGCCCCCAGUUUCUCUGGCAAGUGUUGAACCUCAAAUUGAAGUGAAAAGCGUAGAGCAGAAGGUGCAGCAGGUUGACCAGAUUAGGUGGCAGCCUUCUCAGCCACUGCCAGAGAGAGAAGAUGACUGGUUUGUGCUGUUUGAUGCUGUUCGUCCGUCAGUUACCCCUGUUAAGAUUAUGCCGGAUGUGAGGAAGACGUUUGAGGUGACAACCACAGAGACUAGAACACAGAAGAAGAUGAUAAUUGGUGUUGACAGGAGGCAAGAUGAGACACGUUUGUCUGAAAUGAGACAGAUCCAAAUUGCACCACCGUCAGAGAGAGAAGGAGGAGAUGAUUGGUUUGUCCUGUUUGACAUCAUCCGAGAGAAGCCUGUUGUCGUGCCACCAGUCACUGUCCGUGAGCGCAUCCAGUUCCCAGCAGAGGUCAGAGUUCCAACUGCUGUGGCCAAAACGAGGAUUGCUAUUUCCGAGACGAGACCGAUGUUUGAGAAACGGAUCCUGGAGGAAAGACGUCCACCCGCAUAUACACAUGUCAAUGAUGAUUGGUUUGUUCUGCUAGAUGCUGGCCUCAAAGAGUCAGUGGUGAGCACACAGAGGGGCGCUCGUCCUGUCAGUGCUCCGGUCUUCUCCCAGGCUGCUCUGGCUGAGGCAGGGAUCCCCAUGGCCCCUUUCGACCAGCCCCAAACCUCCACUCCAAUCAAGACCAGCCGCCAAGAGGAAAGAAAGCUGGAGGUCACCGUAGAAGCUGUGGAGCCCUCCAAAAUCGAGGCUGCAGCUGAGGACAAGCCAGCAGUGUGGAGGGACCAGGGAGAAGUAGAAUCGUCACUCAUAUCCACCAUCAAUGGGGACAUUCAGCACAAGUCUGAGGUGACAAGCACGGAGGUGGUGCGAAUGCGAAAGAAAAGAGCUAAGAAAAUUGAGGGUGACUCAAUUUAUAUCAGACAUAGCCUUUUAAUGUUGGAGGAGUUCAGUAAGCCUCAGGAGGACCUGCUCAGACAUCACGCCAGCAUCAGUAAGCUGAAGAAGAACUUCAUGGAAGCUGUCCCAGAGCCCAGGCCCAGUGAGUGGGACAAGCGCCUGUCCACACACUCUCCGUUCCGCACACUGGGAAUCAAUGGUCAGCCUCUGCCCAGUGCGGAUGGGAGUGUGUGCAUUAGUUCCCUAUGCAAUGGUUCAGAGACAAAGUCUGCUCAUGGGGAAACCAGCAGCAGUCUGGGCUUGUCAGGCGCACGCAGUCCCGCUGUGUGCCACAAGAGUGAGCCCGAUGGCGUCGCAGCCCACGGUGCUCCUGUUGAGGAAGAGUCGUGCGAUCAGGACGGGGUUGUAGUUUUUGAGACCUCCCUGGUGCCCAUCGUAGAGGUGGAGAUGGCGCAGUUGCCUCCCUCCCCCGAACCCUACUGUAAAGCUUUAGAUGAGACGCAGGAGGAAGACGGAUCAUAUCCCGGAGUGUCGGAGCGCUCUAGGAGGAUAGCUGGAUCUUCCCCAGCCUCCUAUUUCAGGAGCGAUGGUCCGCAGGUCAUACGCUGCUUCCAGCCCCCUCUGGUGCAGACCCAGACAGUCACCAUCACAGCAGUCUCCAACUCCUUACCCACUGGCAUCUCCACCACAGAGGUCCCAAUCGUCCCGACCAAGACCAUCACCUAUGAGUCUUCAAAGGUGACAGUUGAUGGGACGGACGAGGACAAAGAUGGCACAACUGUGUCCAGCUCCACAACCGUUACCUCAGAGGCCACUAGUGGCACCACAGUCACCACCACCACCACUCACAUCUCAAAGGUAGUAAAAAGUGGAUCUUCAGAGACUCGUGUGGAGAAGAGGAUUGUCAUAACUGCAGACUCUGAUAUUGACCAAGAUAAGGAGAAACAUGGCGGAGCAUCAGCAUUGUAACUGAAUCACCAACCUUCAUUUAUUCCUUUAACUCUUCACCUCCGACAUCCCAUCAUCAGAGUGCAGCAGUCGACACACACUGACCAGCUCUAUCUACGCAUACACAUAUCUAAGAACAAAAUAUCCCCUAAUCUGCACCUGAAGUUAUUGAGAACAAAGUAGAUAAAUGUUAGUAGUAUCUUCUUUUUUUCAGUUGAGCUGUUCAUUAGGUAGAGGAGGGCUGCACAGUGCUCAAGUUUUCAUUAAACGCUAAUUUCAUUCUGGUGUUCAAAAAGCUUAGCAAAUACACUUUUAUUGGUUAAAAGACAGCAGUUUCAGUUAAGUGAUCUCAGUUAUGUUUGCUUUUAAAUGCUUUUAUUUACCUAGUGGUUUUUACAUUGUUAAUUUUAUACAAUUGCACUGUUUCCGUUCUAGUUUAGACAGCCAUUAUCAGCAUUCAUUCCCUCGGUGCUGCUAGGGAAACAUUAAGACUACAUUCAAGGGAACCCUUUUUUGUUGUUGUUGUUGUUUACUUGUCUAUUUAAUUCAGGAGAGACUUUUUUUUAUGAAAUGACAUACCUCGCAUCUAUAUGUGAACAAAGAUAUUUCUGUGCUCAGAUUUGGACAGCUUGUUUGGCUUUGUUCACUGCUCAGGUACAAAAACAGAAAACCUAAAUCUUUUCUUCCCCCAACCAGCCAAGAACAGGUAGCCUACACAUUAUUGUAAAGUUUGAACUAAAAAUGGAUCUAUUUUGAAAUAUUUCUCUAUUUUAUAGAAUUAAUGCUUUUAUAGUAUUUGUACAAAUUGAGGUUUUUAAGUUAUUCAUAUCCAUCUGCUCAUGAAAUUGUAGGUUAAUUAUGAGGUCUCUAUUUAAGUCCUUUCUUAAUCUGUCUUGCCUGACACCCUGAAUCAUUCUUAUUCGUUUCCUCUUGUAGUCCACCAAGUUUAUCAAAUCCUUCACAACUUACAUAAGACAAUGGAGUGCUUCCCUCGGCUCUACGUUUUGUUCAGUAGCAUAGAAGUCAUACUUGCUUUGAAUAUAUAUGGUUGAUAAGAAAUGUUUUACAAGCUUUGGUCUGUUUAUCUCAGGUUUUGAUAUUCUUUGUAAGACUACAGACCUCCAUAUGAUUGUAUAAGGAAUGUCCAUAUAUGUAUAUCCAUCCCUACUUUAAAUGUACAUUUAUGUUCAGCCAAGUGAGGUCAAUAAAUACAAAAGCUUGUCUGUCACAGUAAACCACACAUGUAAGAGGUGAAGGCAGCUGUCCCCCAGUAUAUGUGGCUUUUCUCUCAUAGGAGCACAAUUUGUCUUUUUUACAUGGUCUACUAUACAGUAAUUUAUUUGUAAAGUAGGAAAUGUUUCAUGUGAUUUGAUGUACUUUGAUGUUUCAACACAAGCUGGCUUUCCAGGCUUCCACUAAAGAUGUCACGAUGUUAUAUAUUGCAUUCAUUAUCAACCAAGUUUGUAAAGCCUUUUUGCCAUAUAGUCUAAGUAGAUUGCUCUCUCACUCACUGUUUUCCUGUACUUUUCCAUAGAGGAGGAGAUAACUUAAAAUAUAUGAAUCCCUUUUAGAUAGCAUGUUUGUUAGCAAACUUUUUUAACCCAAAAAGAAGCCAUUGGUAUUGUAGCUACAUGGACAGCAACAGCAAACUCUCCUGGAAGAAAAAUGUAGAAUUUCACAUGGAAAAAAAAUAGUUUUUAGACAAUGGAAAAUAUUGUUGCUUUGUGACUUAUCCCUGUCUUUUUAUGAAAAAAAAUAAAAUAUGCAUUAUUUUGCA